UAUAUCGAGUUGUGUGAGAUCUGCACAAACAAACCCAUCCCCCACAAACCCACCACAACCCCCGAGCCCCCCAACCCUCUCCUCUCUCAGCGAGAAAACACACGAGAAAGUGCGAGAAAAAAAAAAUCCCGGCAGCCAAACACAUCCCUGCGGCUCUCUAUCUCUCUGUGUUUUAUCUAUCUGAGCUGUUGGUUUUUGAAGAGGAGGAGGAAGAAGAAGAAAGAAGAUUUGGAGAUGCGGAUCAGGAAGAACGCCAAGGUCUCCCCUCUCCUGUUCUCGUCGCACGCUCCAGCUGCGGAGGACCUCCAGGCACACGUGUGCCAGUUAAAUCAAUCCCCAUGGGAUGUUAUUUCCUUUGGUCCAGACUCGAACCAGUUGGAAGAGAGCUUCUAUGUAAAUAACAAUGGGAGCUUCGGUGAUUCUCUCGGAGCUGCUGAAAGCGUUGCGUCGAUGAUGGAUAUCGGCAAAGAGAAAGCCGUGCAGAUGGAACAAGAGCCCGUCGCUGAUGACAAAAAGGGUUCGAAUUCGAAAGAGUUAUUGGACGACGAUAACGAAGAGGAAGGGAGGAGAUCAAGCUACGCGUGUUGCCAGAAGAACGAUGGAAAGGGCUGGCAUUGCAAGAAGAGAGCCAAACUCGGCCAGUCUUUCUGCAACCAUCACUUAUCCCUGCUUAGGUCUAACCAUAAUACCAACAUUGCUUCCAACAAUAAGGGCCCCCGGGAAGCUGCGAGCAAGGUGCUAUCAGCUGGAGCCCGCCGCUCCCGGGCCAAGGCGAAGAGGGGAUCCUCCUCAAACCCUUACGAAUUCUAUUACUAUUCGGGGUUUGGCCCGCUGUGGGGGCGAAAGAGAGGCGGGGAUAAGGAGAAGGAGGAGCCCAAGAUUGAUGAAGAUAGAGUCACUACUACUACUUCAACUACUCCUCCUACUCAAUCUUCGUCUUCUCAAAUUGAUGAGAAGAAAUUCGAAUAUGUGGAUGACUACGAUGACGACGAGGAUGACUUUGAUGAUGAUGUUCGCAGCGGGGAGAGCGGGCGGAAGCGGAUGAGAAAGCCGGUGAAGGCGAGAUCUCUGAAGUCCCUUAUGUGAGUGAGAGUGGAAGAAAUUUGUGAUUAUAGGGGUGGGGGGGAGGGGGAGUUUAGGGUUCACAGAAAUUAGAGGUAAUUUAGUUGCACAUGUCGUUGCAUUUUGUCGCGGGUGAGCGUAGUCUCUCUCCGGUACAUGACAGAAAUGAGAGAGCUUUGUUAGAGUGUGAAUGCGGUGUACUCAAACAAUUGUGCUAGUCAAAGUUUAAAAAAUGAAAGGGCCGUUUCGUAA